CUUUCUUUCCUAAUGGCCAGGCCUUUUUACUACCCCCUUUUAUUUUUUAUUUUAAAGUGCCAAAUGACGGACACAUGGCUUUUUCUGCCUUUUAUUAUUUUUAGUCACGCAAAAAUUCCAAUCUUUUUUCUCGAAGCUCCCUCUGACAAUAUUUUCCCUCCCUCUCAAUCCUUCCCUCUUACCCUACAUCCUACUAGCCCUUUAUUUUUUAGUAUAAAUAUAUAUACUCACAUAUUUUUCCUUCUAGCUUGUUUGUGUUGA